UGUGUGCUGUGUUGUGUGUGUUUUUUAUUGAUGCUCAGAUAUUUGAAUUAUGCCCGAGCAGUCAAAGUGAGACAUUGGCGCUUCGAGCACGUAUCCGCGGAUACACCGGAAUAUAUACAGCAAUAAGUAAAAACACCCAACUAAAACAGAAACUAAAAAAAUAAAAACAAUCCAACGCACAGCUGUGCCGCGCGAACACAGAGAUACAGAUACUAAGACACUCAGAUACUGCGAUACUGUUCGAUAACAGCGUAAGAUGGAUGGCCAGCAAAGUGCCAGUGCCUGCGAAUGUGCCUGCAUCGAUGCCGUCGUUGAUGGACAGUCAUAAAUUCGGCGUGAAAUCCGUGCAGAUACUUCUCAGCCAUCCUGCAGAUACUUAUCGCGAUCGCAUCUGCAUCUGCAUCUGGGUCUGUGACAAAUUGUGCCAGUGCGUGUGUGAUAUCCAAAAGCCGUCCAAUUACCGCUUAAAAGCAUUCGAAUAAACUCUCGAGUGCAGGUACCCCCGGCCAGAGCCAAGCCAAUUUGCCGCUGCAGGAUGCCAGCGGAUUAACUCCGCAGAUAUCCGGAACUGUCCCCAGGUCAUCGAGAUUUCCGCUCUCUAAUGAAAAACCAAGUCUCGGACAAGUGAAAUCGGUGAUUGUGCAGUGAAUAACCAAGCAAACAAAACCGAACCCACUCGUUCGUAGGUGAAUGCCAAACGCCGACGGCUAACAGAAAUUACUCCAACCCACGACUAGGACAACUGGCUUCAGAAUGGAUCCCGACUGCUUUGCCAUGUCCUCGUACCAGUUCGUCAACUCACUGGCCUCCUGCUACCCGCAGCAGAUGAACCCUCAACAGAGUCACCCGGGAGCGGGAAACUCCAGUGCGGGCGCCGGCAAUGUAGGUGGCGGCGGUGGCGGUGGUGGUGUCAGCGGAGGCGUUGUGGCCACCGGCGGAGCCAAUGGUGGACAGGGCAGCGCGGGGGCGGCGACUCCGGGAGCCAACGACUAUUUCCCAGCGGCGGCUGCCUAUACGCCCAACCUGUACCCCAACACGCCGCAAGCGCACUACGCCAACCAGGCGGCCUACGGCGGACAGGGUAACCCCGAUAUGGUGGACUACACACAGCUGCAACCGCAGCGCCUGCUCCUGCAGCAGCAGCAGCAACAGCAGCAGCAGCAUGCCCAUGCAGCGGCAGCGGCGGUUGCCCAGCAGCAGCAGCAGCUCGCCCAGCAACAGCAGCAACACCCGCAACAGCAGCAGCAGCAGAGCAACAUCAGUUGCAAGUACGCCAACGAUCCGUCGACGCCGGGCGGCGGUGGCAGUGGCGGAGCCGGGGGCGGCGGUGUGCCCAGCAACAAUAACAACAGCAGCGCCAACAACAACAACAACAGCCAGUCGCUGGCCAGUCCGCAGGAUCUGUCCACCAGGGAUAUAUCGCCGAAGCUGUCGCCCAGCUCGGUGGUGGAGAGCGUGGCCCGGUCGCUGAACAAGGGCGUCCUAGGCGGCAGCUUGGCGGCCGCCGCUGCAGCCGCCAGUUUGAACAACAACCACAGCGUUCCCGGUGGAGCAGGGGGUUCCGGGAACGUCAACGUUCCGAUGCACAGUCCCGGCGGCGGUGACUCGGACUCGGAGAGCGACAGCGGCAAUGAGGCGGGCAGCAGCCAGAAUAGCGGCAACGGCAAGAAGAAUCCGCCGCAGAUAUAUCCCUGGAUGAAGCGAGUGCAUCUCGGACAGAGUACUGUGAACGCCAAUGGCGAGACGAAACGACAACGGACCUCAUACACCCGCUACCAGACGCUGGAGCUGGAGAAGGAGUUCCACUUCAACCGCUACCUGACCCGCCGCCGGAGGAUCGAGAUCGCGCACGCCCUGUGCCUCACGGAGCGGCAGAUCAAGAUCUGGUUCCAGAACCGGCGCAUGAAGUGGAAGAAGGAGCACAAGAUGGCCUCGAUGAACAUCGUGCCGUACCACAUGGGUCCCUACGGACACCCCUACCACCAGUUCGAUAUCCAUCCGUCGCAGUUCGCGCACCUGAGCGCAUAGGAC